AAUAAGGAAGUGGAGUGACUUUACCAGUCGGACUUGCCCUCUCUCUCUUUAUCUCCACCUGUAGUCGAAAAGUGGUCAAAAACUCCGAAAGGGGCGAGGACUGUCACGGACAAACUUCAGAGGGGGAUGAGGAGGAGGAGGAGGAGGAGGAGGAGGGUUAGAUGGAGGGAAGUGGACGAGGCACAGACUGACACAGCCCCCCUCUCCGACUGUCUCUGGUGUCAUUCGGCUGCUGGUGGCCCCUACACUCACAGCCUAAUGUCAGGCCGCAGGGUGGGCUUCUGUCUCAGCGAGAAGAAACGCCGGAGGAUGAACCUGGACGCGUUUAGAGAAUUCUGUGCGGGGCAUGGAGUGGAAGUGGUGGAGAUUGACCUCACCCAGCCGCUGGCGCCUCAGGGACCCUUCGACAUCAUCGUUCACAAGCUUUCUGAUGUCAUCGUGGAGGCUGAGUGUAGCAGCAAAUCACAGCAGCUCCUGACCAACUUCCAGACGUAUGUGUCAGCUCAUCCCACUACAGUCCUCCUGGACCCCCUUCUUGCCAUGACCCGGCUUCUAGACCGCUUUGCCUCCUAUCAGAUCAUGACCAAGCUACGUAAUUCACUCCGAGACUGGCGUAUCUGCAGUCCUCCUCACCUCGAGAUCCACAGCCUCAGUGACCUGUCGUCCAUUCAGCAGGCUGUAACGACCCAGGGCCUGAGCUUUCCUCUCAUUUGUAAAACCAGAGUGGCACAUGGAUCCCUUUCCCAUGAGAUGUCCCUGAUCUUCAGCACAGGCAGUCUGGCUGAUUUGCAUCCUCCCUGUGUGCUCCAGAGCUUCAUCAACCACGGAGCUGUCCUGCACAAGGUGUUUGUGGUUGGAGACAGACACUUCUGCGUAGAGAGACCCUCACUCAAGAACUUUCCCUCCGGUCCCUGUGACAGAGAGACGAUCUUCUUCAACAGCCACCAGGUGUCCAAACCAGAGUCCAGCUCUGAUCUAACAGAACUGGAUGAGCAGAUGCCGUGCCUGCCCCCUCCCAGCUCUGAGGCUGUGGCCGCCUUGGUCAGAGAGCUCCGAGCUCAGCUCGGCAUGGCCCUGUUCGGCGUGGACGUCAUCAUCAACAUACACACACACACCCUCACCGUCAUCGAUAUCAACAUCUUCCCAGGCUAUGAAGGAGUGCCCCAGUUCUUCUCCUGUCUGCUCAGCCAUAUCCAGUCUGUGUUGGACAAACAAACCUACACCGGUCCUCAAGUUACCAACUCUCCUGAGUCAACAUCUUCUGCCACCACCGGCCUCUAACUCAGCUCCAGCAUCCUGAGGAUGUUACCAAGUAUUUUCUGUGGGAAGUUUUCUUUAAGUUCCCAGAUUGUUCGAGGAUAAGAUUCUCUCAAAACUUGAAACUUGUUUGUUUUGGCCUUUCGUACACACAAAUUGUGUUUUAUGUCACUGAAAACGCACCUUUUGGAAAACAGUGAGUUUUUAAAGUUUCCAUGUGGACAAAGAUGUUUUGGAGAACUUGGAGUGUGUGGACAGGAUAUUUUUUUAUACGGAGGAGGAAAAACCUGAUUUAAAAAAAUAGGCUCUAUGCCGUCAUGUGGACUCGACCUAGAUGACACUAAAGUUGUUCUGAUGUGUUUCUGCACUGACAAACCAAGCAGGUGACACAUCACGGUUUAAUAGACUUUCCGUUUAUUGAUUAACAGGUAGCAUAGAAGAAGAUACAGCAGGCACAAAAUACAGCACUCUGAUUGGCCAGUAAUAUUACAAAUGGUGUUGUUAUCCUGUUGUUUGAAAUGUCCUCUGUGCCGCCCCCUCCCCCGACAUUUUCAACAUCGUUCUUGCUGGUUUGUUAGGAACACAUUUUUCACACUUCUAAAAAAAGAAAGCUCUUAAUUUUUUUAUAUUUUCCAAAGCUUUAGAGUACAAUGUGCUCCUCGGUGAUGACUGAUUACGUGUGAUUAUUACUUCCUGUUUACAUCAGCUGACUGGAUAUGUCGCCAGCGUUCAAAUACUUUCAAGUAGUUUGGUAAAUCUUGGCUGUGUAGAAAAAAGAGACUAUACCUGUUACGAGUACAUUAUGAUGCAAGUUGCUUACAUAUUAAAAUACAUUAAGUUAUUCAGUAUUUGGCUAAUGAUUGCAUUCACGUGUGCUGUAGCCUUUAUCGUGUUAUUGCAUUAAAUUGGCCUCCAUUUGUAA